AUGCUUGCUUUCAGUUGGGUCCCACCACGAAAACUACAUUGGUGCGUCACAGUGAAUGCUUGCGGCUUUACACCAUGUGUCACCACGAUUACUAAAGCCCUAAACUGUCCAGAAUUGCCGGAUAAAGCUCACGCUUAUGACGAUGGAUUUAUGAGGAAUAAGGUGUUUAUCACACAUUCCGCUGCCUACAAUAUGGAUCCACAAAAGUGUUUUACAAGCAAAAUGCCAACAAUGAAGGUGUCAAAGAUAGUGAAUGUCAAUUGUGACAGAUAUGGACCAAAAGCAAUGUGUUUCGGAUUCACUGCCUUCGACACAACUCAAAGAGUCAUCACGCUGACAUUCAGAGGAACUGAAGGAGGCACUCAGUUGACUGAAGAGAUUUUAGACUUUUUCCACGGAAAGAAGGCGUUCUUCGACUCGGGAAGUGUCUUUGAGUACUUCUACGACGCGUUCCUCUUCCAAUGGAAUGCCGGUCUCUCCCAGGAUAUGCGGAAUCUCAAAUACAAGUAUCCUGACUACGAAGUAUGGGUGACUGGUCAUUCGAUGGGCGGUGCUAUCGCAUCCAUCGCCGCCUCUUAUAUAGUAAAAUCCGGUUUGUACACUGCUGACAAAAUCAAAUUAGUCACUUUGGGACAGCCGAGAACCGGAGAUUAUGAUUUUGCCAAGUGGCAUGACGCCACGUUUCCCUAUUCAUUCCGAAUUGUACAUCAUAGAGAUAUUGCUGCACAUAUUCCACCGAUGGAGGGACAGGAUGAACUAUUCCAUCAUAGGACCGAAGUUUGGUACAACAACAACAUGACCAUCGGACAACCGUAUACCCUCUGCGCGGAAGCAGAUGGUCUCUAUUGUAGUGCAAGACAACUAGACUACAGUGCAGAGGAUCAUGUCUGGUAUUUCGGAAUCAAUUUCGUCGAUUGGGGAGCUGCUGGAUGUCCAUAA